ACACGCACCUGUAACACUCCUGUUUAUAAACACUGCAACGUACCUGUGCGCACGCACCUGUGUACACGCACCUGUAACACCCCUGUUCAUAAACACUGCAACACACCUGUGCACGCACACUUGUGUACACGCACCUGUAACACCCCUGUUCAUAAACACUGCAACACACCUGUGGGCGCACACUUGUGUACACGCACCUGUAACACCCCUGUUCAUAAACACUGCAACACACCUGUGCGCACGCACCUGUGUGCGAAUGCAAACACCUGCACCACACACCACAUGCAAGCACACCUGCGUCUCGUUAAGGCGACCACUGCCCGCGGACCCGCGAUCUCAUCCCAUUAUUGAUCCCGCUAACCCCCGAAUCACCUCCUCCCCAUGCUCCCUAACAUUCCAGGAAGAACCCUUGGAGCCUCCAGGAUGGAUGUAGAGAUGAAGGGGUCAGACUCGGCCCAGGAGAUGCAGGGCUCCGUGCUCAGCUUCCACGACAUCGGCUACGGCGUCACCUUGUCGAGUGGCCCGCCCUGGCGUCGCUCGUCCCAACGCAAGGACAUCCUGGUGAACGUGAGUGGCCUCAUGAGGCCAGGAAUGAAUGCCAUCUUGGGACCGACCGGCAGUGGAAAAUCUUCGCUGCUCGAUGUGCUGGCCGAUCGGAAAGACCCCUCGGGGCUCACGGGCGAGGUGCUGCUCAACGGUGACCCCCUGCCCCCCGACUUCAAGUUCAUAUCGGGAUACGUGGUGCAGGACGAUGUGGUUAUGGGCAGCCUCACCGUGAGAGAGAAUUUCCAAUUCUCGGCCGCGCUGCGUCUCCCGACAUCUGUGAGCCACACGGAGAAGGAGCAGCGCGUGGAGCGAAUCAUCUCGGAGUUGGGACUCACCAAGGUGGCCGACUCCAAGGUGGGCACGGAGCUGGUGCGGGGCGUGUCGGGCGGGGAGCGCAAGCGAACGAACAUCGGCAUGGAGCUCAUCACGGAUCCCUCGGUGCUCUUCCUGGAUGAGCCAACCACGGGGCUCGACUCCAGCACCGCCAGCGCCGUUCUGCUGCUGCUGCGCCGGCUCUCCCGCCGCGGCCGCACCAUCAUCUUCUCCAUCCACCAGCCGCGCUACUCCAUCUUCCGCCUGUUUGACAGCCUCACGCUGCUCGUGAGCGGCCACACGGUGUACCACGGCCCCUCGUCGCAGGCCAUUAUUUACUUCAAGUCCAUCGGCUACGAGUGUGAGCCGUUCAACAACCCGGCCGACUUCUUCCUGGACGUUCUCAACGGAGACUCCACGGCAGUGAUGGCAACCGCAGACACGGCCGUCGAGACCGGUCGGUCACAUCGCCCACAUCGCCAUAUCUCCACAUCACCCACGUCGAGCGACAUCGUCGUAACCGCUCACCCAGGAGACGCGGAGGCGGGCGCCGGCUCCGUGUGCCAGCGCCUCGCCGAGAGCUACGCGGCGUCGUUCUUCUGCCGGGACGCGGAGUCCGCCCUGCGCGCCAUCGAGCUCCGGGGCUCGGAGUCGCACGGCGGAGACGGAGACGGCAAGAAGAGGAAGGGGAGGGUGGGGCGAGCCCUGGCGAGGGACAAGUGUGCCACCUCGUUCCUGCACCAGUUCGCGUGGCUCAGCAAGCGCAACGUGAAGAACCUCAUCGGAAACCCGCAGGCCUCGCUGGCGCAGGUCGUGGUGACGUUGGUGCUGGGGCUCGUGGUGGGAGCGCUCUUCUUCGACGUGAAGCAGGACAACGCGGGCAUCCAGAACCGGAUGGGCUCGCUGUUCUUCAUGAUCACGAACCAGAUGUUCGGGAGUCUCUCGGCCAUCGAGCUGUUCGUCCGAGAGCACAAGAUCUUCAUCCACGAGUACGUGAGCGGGUACUACCACGUGUCCGCGUACUUCUUCUCCAAGAUUCUCUCCGACCUCAUCCCCAUGCGCACGAUCCCCGGCAUCAUCUUCUCCUGCGUCACCUUCUGGAUGAUCGGGCUCCAGGCGCGAGUGGACAAGUUCUUCAUCCACAUGCUCACGGUGGUGAUGACCGCAUACGGCGCCGUGAGCCUGGCCCUCGCCGUGAGCGCUGGCACCAGCGUUGUCGCCGUUGCCAACGUCUUCAUCACCGUCUGCUUCAUCUUCAUGAUUCUUUUCUCCGGGUUCCUGGUGAACCUGCCCAGCGUCAUGGCGUGGCUGAGCUGGCUGCAGUAUCUGAGCAUCCCUGGCUACGGAUUCACGGGCCUCCUCAUUAACGAGUUCACGGGACUCGAGUUCCUGUGCCGGGGCGGAGAGAACGCCACGGAGCCCGAGCAAUGCCCACCAAACUCCAGCGUCCCGCUCGGCCCCGUGUGCACGGGGGCGGAGCAACUGUGCCGCCUGGGCAUCACGACGGACUCGUGGAGCCUCUGGAAGAACCACGUGGCGCUGGGCAGCAUGACCCUCAUCCUGCUCACCAUCGCCUACCUCCGCCUGCGCUUUGUGCGCAAGUACACGUGAUCGCCCGCUCACCCGCCCGCUCACCCGUGCACUCACCAACCCGCUCACCCGUCUACUCACCCAUCUACUCACCGACCCGCUCACCCGUCUACUCACCCGUCUACUCACCCAUCUACUCACCGACCCGCUCACCCGUCUACUCACCCAUCUACUCACCGACCCGCUC